UGUAUGUGUCAAAAUUAAUAGUAAACAUAUCGGACCCAACUGUACUUAUACUUGAUACUAAACGUCUUGUUUUGUCAUCAACAAAUUUUCGUUAAACUUGAUCUUUUUGCUCUUAGUCGCCAAUUAUCGCGUACCUACAGUGAUAAUACUUAAUUUUGUGUCAAUCUUUCAAAUAAGACAAUAUGCCUUUAGCUAAAGAUUUGCUUCAUCCUACUGCUAUUGAAGAACGCAGGAAACACAAGUUAAAGCGUCUUGUCCAACACCCAAAUUCUUUCUUUAUGGAUGUCAAAUGCCCCGGAUGUUAUAAAAUCACAACUGUAUUCAGUCACGCUCAGAGCGUAGUUAUAUGUACCGGAUGUUCCACAAUUUUAUGCCAACCCACUGGAGGAAGAGCUAGAUUAACUGAAGGUUGUUCUUUCAGGAAGAAAGCUUACUAAGAUCCUGGCUCCUGUAUUUUAAUGUACAAUAUGAAUAUGCGUUGAAUAAUAAAAACAUUAAAAAAAAAAUUA